UAGAGGGAAUGGCUACUCCUUUAUACUCAUUGAUAGACUCAAAAAUCGACCCUUGCCAGAGGACCUUAGGGUCUGAGACUAUCUCCCCUUGAAACCCAGCCUACCCUGCGAUCCCUACCAUGCCUGCUUAGCCCCCGACGAAGACACAUGUCUUCCAUCCGUAGAAACACCUGUCAACGCACCUCUUAAGACUACAUUCCUGCAAGGACCAGAAGCAAUGCAAGGACCGUAGGCUAUCCCUACAACCCUUAAGCUAAUCCCACCUUGCCCCCGCUGGGUCCCACACAAAAACACUGUAGCGUAGCAAGACGACACGUGUCAUCCUCCCAAAAUAACACCCAUCCUUCCCUUCCAGCUCACCUAUCUGCCUGUUGUAAUUAUCUAUAUUAAUCACCUACUCUAGUAAUAGAAUAGCCAAGGUGUCUCAAAGAGAGGGAAAGAGGAAAAGAUGACUCAGGAGGAGAGGGAGUAUAAAAGGGAAAGAAAGAAGAGAGAGAAAGGAGGAGAAGAAUGAAACUCCAUACACACAUAUACAUAAACACAGGAACGGCUCUCCCAUUCUGGAGAGAGAGAGAAAGGGACAGAAACCAAGUCCAUCACUCAUCAUCACUGUCAGUAGAUGAAAUGAUGAAAAAUCAGAGAGCGAAAGGUCCAGCUACAAUCCUUGCCAUUGGAACUGCUGCUCCUCCCAAUUGCUACUCCCAGGCUGAGUAUCCGGACUUCUACUUUCGUGUCACAAAGAGCGACCACAAGACUGAGCUCAAAGAAAAGUUUAAGCGAAUUUGUAGUAAAACCAUGAUAAAAACACGUUAUCUGCAUAUCACAGAGAAAACCCUGGAAGAAAACCCUAGCAUGUGCGACUAUUCAGCCCCGUCGUUCGAUGCUCGCCAAGAAAUUCUGAGGAUGGAGGUUCCGAAACUCGGAAAAGAAGCCGCUGAGAAAGCCAUCAAAGAAUGGGGACACUCCAAAUCAGAGAUCACCCACCUCAUUUUUUGCACCACUUCGGGCUACGACAUGCCCAGUGCUGACUACCAGCUUACUAAGCUUCUAGGCCUCAAUCAUUCUGUCAAGCGCCACAUGAUCUACUUACAGGGUUGUUUUGCAGGUGGUACUGUCCUUCGUCUGGCAAAAGAUCUUGCGGAGAACAACAAGGGUGCUCGUGUUCUCGUCGUUUGUGCUGAGAUCACAACCAUAACAUUCCGAGGGCCUCAUCUGGAGUCCUUGCUCCCUCAAGCACUGUUUGGUGAUGGGGCCUCCUCGGUGAUUGUUGGGUCUGAUCCGGAUCCUCUCACCGAACGUCCACUCUUCCAGAUCGUGUCCUCGGCCCAACACAUAUUGCCUGAUUCAGAAGACACAAUCCGCGGAAAACUGGGGGAGUCAGGCCUCAUGUUUUUUCUGAAAAAGAACAUAACUACAUUGAUUGCCAGUGACAUAGAGAAGCUACUAAAAGAAGCUUUUGAACCCAUUGGAAUAUCCGAUUGGAAUUCGCUCUUCUGGAUAACCCACCCUGGUGGCCCGGCUAUCUUAAACCAGAUUGAACUUGUGUUAGGCCUAAAAGAAGAGAAAAUGUGGGCGUCUCGGAAGGUGUUGAGUCAGUAUGGUAAUAUGGCAAGUGCAUGUGUUUUGUUUGUUUUAGAUGAAAUGAGGAAGAAAUCAAUGAAAGAUGGCAUGGCAACGACUGGUGAUGGCUUGGACUGGGGUGUGGCUUUCGGAUUCGGGCCAGGUCUCACCGUCGAAACAGUUGUGCUGCGUAGUAUCCCUGUUACUAGUUUCACUUAAUGCACGCAUGAGUGAAUCAGACAUUUCGAGUUGGGUUUAAUAUCAGUUGAUUCCGUUUCUUUUGUAUUCAGCAUGCAUGAUCUGGUUGUAAUACUUUUAUGAGUGAUUUCAUAUGUUAUCAUAAUAUGAUAGGGGUGGAGUAAAUUUAGGAGUUUGACAGGAUCCAUAAUCCUGAUCUUUAGCAACUCCGUUGUAUCCAUUCUACUAUUUAAGCCCCACUAGUGAUUGAAUAAAAACCAAGGUCUUUUGACAGCAAA